AUGAAUAUUUGCUCAUGGAAUGUUAGGGGGAUGAAUGAUCCCUCAAAAGUAGUGGAAAUAAAGAAGUUUUUAAGUCAUAAUAAUGUUAGUGUAGUAGCUUUAGUUGAGACAAAAGUUAAAGUUACUAAUUCUGAGAAAGUUCAGAAGAAGUUUGGCAAUAAUUGGAGGUGGGUAAUGAACUACACCAACUCUCCAAGAGGAAGAGUCUGGAUUGAUCAGAUGAUUCAUGGUUGUAUUACUGCUAAAAAAGGGAAAUUUAGCACCUCUUUUACUGUAGUGUAUGGAUUGCAUUCUAUUGAUACAAGGAAAUCUAUGUGGACUGAUUUAACUCAGUUAAGUUCAGUUACUCUAGGGUCUUGGCUUGUCAUGGGAGAUUUUAACUCUGUACUGUAUUCUGGUGAUAGAGCAAAUGGUAAUGCUGUUAAUCAUGCUGAAACUAGAGAUUUUGAAGGUAAUAAGGGGCAAGGUCAGUCAAGGAUUUGUUCUAGAAUUGAUAAAGUGUUUGGUAACACUGAUUGGCAUAGUACUUUUCUUGAUGUUGUAGUGGAUUACAUGAAUCCUGGGAUUUCAGAUCACCCUCCCCUAGUCUUGAGUUGCAACAUUAAUAUGAAGACUGGUGGUAGACCUUUUAAAUUCUUCAAUUACAUGGCAGAACAUGGUGACUUCAUGAAGUUUGUUCAAGAGGGAUGGAACGUUACUGUUAGUGGCACUCCUAUGUUUACCUUAUGGCAGAAAAUGAAAGCAAUUAAAGGAGGGUUGAAGGUUCUCCAUCACAGAGAUUUUGCUAGACUAGAAGAGAAGAUUGCACUUCUUAGGCAGGAACUGGAUGGGAUUCAGACUCAGUUGGCUACUUCUUAUACUGAUAACCAUCUUCAAAAUCAAGAGAAAGAGUGUGACAUAUUUCCUCCAGAGUGCAGCUUGAAGCUGAAAAAAUUUCUGAAAGUGCAAGAAAGUUCUUACAAGCAAAAAUCGAGAAUUCAGUGGUUAAAGGAGGGUGAUGCUAAUACUAAAUUCUUCUUUAGUGCCAUGAAGGAGAUGAUUGCAAGAAAUAGUAUUGAUGUCCUUUACAGUGCUACAGGAGAGAAGCUGGAAUCAACAGAUGCUAUCAAGGAGGAGAUCAAAGGCUUCUAUGUGAACCUUAUUGUUAGGAAAGGAAAUCAACUAUCAUCUGCUGCUGCUGAAGAUCUGAUUCAACCUGUUACUAACUUGGAGAUAGAUGCUGCUUUAAAAGGGAUUGAUAGUAAUAAGGCCCCUGGUAUUGAUGGGUUUAAUAGUCUUUUCUUCAAAAAGACAUGGGGGAUUGUAAAGGAGGAUGUCUAUGCUGCUGUCAAGCACUUUUUUCUUACUGGAAACAUGCUAAAGCAAGUAAAUAACACUGUUUGA